UUGGUCCCACCGUUGGACCAACCGUUCCACGUGCAACAAUCCCCCGCAUGCAUGGUUUCAUCACCAUCGGCAACCGAUUCGGCAGCUUCGCCGCCAUCUACCGUCGAGGAUUCAACGUCAUGGUCAAGACUUGAAGAGCUCCACCCAUUGACAUUUGCGGACUUCCAAUGGAUGCCCCUUCCCUGGUCCGGUCGAUUGUCGAAACCGCAUUGCAACGUGCUCAUGGCACAAUUGCGGGAUUACUUGCACACUGCAGUACCAACUCCGUUGAUGGACGCCAGAGUAGAGGUUGUCGACCUUCACGCCUACAUUGCGAAGAUCGACUGUGAGUUCAAGACGCAACGGUACGACGACAUCGACGCACCAUUGUUAUAUGUACGCAUUCAGAUCGGAGAGGCGACCUGCAACGCUUUGAUCGAUUGCGGAGCAUCUUGCAACUACAUGAGCCAGGACUUUAUGGUACGCGCCGGCCUUGGCCCACGCGUCCGGAGGAAGUCCCAGCCUACGCAAGUCACGUUGGCAGACGGUCACACGCACAAGUCAAUCGACCGGUGCAUGGAUGACGUCCCCGUGUACUUUGCCCCGCAUGCAAGCGCGGCGGUGUCCUUCAAUAUCUUGGACACCAAAUUCGACAUGAUCUUGGGCAUGUCAUGGCUGCGAAGCGAGGAUCACCCGGUGAACUUCUACCGCCGCACCGUUCACGUUCGUGAUCGGAACGGAGUACUAGUCCCAUGCAUGGUAGCUCCUCCUCACCCUUCGAUCAGCUGCCAUGUGGUGUCCGCCGCAAGCAUGCGAGCCUCCAUCAUCAGAGACGACAUCGAGGAGAUGGGGUUAAGUGUGCUACGGGCACAACUCGACGACCUUCUGAAGAAAGGUUGGAUUCGGCCUAGCUCAUCGCCAUACGGUGCUCCUGUUCUCUUCGUCCGGAAGAAGAACAAGGAUUUGCGGUUGUGCAUCGAUUAUCGCAAGCUCAACGCGCAAACGAUCAGAAACGUCGGCCCUCUUCCACGCAUCGAUGACCUUCUCGAACGGCUGGGCGGCGCCAAGUUUUUCUCCAAGCUGGACCUCAAGUCGGGAUAUCACCAACUCGAGAUUCGGAAGGAGGACCACUACAAGACCGCGUUUAAGACACGAUAUGGGCAUUUCGAAUGGCUGGUUAUGCCAUUUGGCCUUACGAAUGCCCCGACCACUUUCCAAGCGGCUAUGACAAUGGAGUUCCGAGAAAUGCUGGAUCGAUUCGUACUUAUCUACCUCGACGACAUCCUGGUGUAUAGCCGGAGUUUGGACGAGCAUGUGGAACACCUGCGCACCGUUUUGGAGCGGCUACGAGAAGCCAAGUACAAAGCCAACCGCGACAAAUGCGAAUUCGCGCGGCAGGAGCUGGAGUACUUGGGGCAUUAUGUGACGCCGCAAGGCAUCCGUCCGCUUGCGGACAAGAUCGAGGCCCUCCGCGUAUGGCCCGAGCCCACCAACACCAUGGACGUUCGUUCAUUCAAGGGGUUGGCGGGCUACUAUCAACGAUUCAUCACCGGAUACUCAAGGAUUGUUGCACCUAUGAUGGGAUUACAAUCGCCAAAGGUGCCAUUCGUAUUCGAUGACGACGCACGCCGGUCAUUCCAAGCACUUAAGACGGCCAUUCUCAUGGCACCCGUCCUUAGCAUCUAUGACCCCACCCCGCCUACGAGAGUGACAACUGACGCUUCCAGCUACGGCAUUUGGGCAGUCUUGGAACAACACGACGGCGACGACUGGCACCCUGUGGAGUAUUUCAGCCACAAAGUGCCUCCCAUCAAUUCCCUUGAUGAUGCAAGGAAGGAGCUGCUCGCGUUCGUGAUGGCUCUCAAGCGAUGGCGGCACUUCCUCCUUGGGCGUCGUAGGUUCACAUGGGUAACGGACAACAACCCAUUGACCUACUACAAGACGCAGGAUACGGUGAGCAGCACGAUCGGACGAUGGAUGUACUUCAUCGACCAAUUUGACUUCACAACGAAACAUCUUCCCGGCCUCUCCAAUCGCGCAGCAGAUGCACUCUCGCAAAAACCUGAUCUUUGCGCUAUGACACAUCAUGCCUUCGCAUUCGACGAGGAACUUCAGCGACACUUCAUCCGGGGAUAUGAGUCGGAUCCGGACUUCGCCACGUUGUAUGCGCAGCUAUCUUCGGAUCACCCAGCCAGCCACUAUCGCAUUGCCGACGGAUACUUGCUCCUCCACUCGAGAGGCAAGGACUUAUUGUGUGUCCCACGAGACCGUCGUCUUCGGACUCGCCUUCUCGGUGAGUAUCAUGACUCGCGACUCGCCGGCCAUUUCGGAGUCAACCGCACCAUUGCACGGCUUCGACAACGAUUCCAAUGGACCGACCUCAUUACCAAUGUCACUCGGUAUUGCGACUCUUGCGAAGUUUGCCGACGAAGCAAGCCCCGCAAUCGCAACCCCUACGGCGAGUUGCGCCCGAUGCCUAUCCCACGGGAACCCGGCCUCUCCAUUGCCAUGGAUGUCACCGGGCCAUUCCCCCGCGAUCGCCUCGGACACGACGACAUCCUCACGGAUGUGGACCGUUUGAGCAAGUAUGCGCGUUUUCUCCCUUGCAAGUACUACUCCACGGCUCCCGAGCUGGCACGCCUCUUGCACACCGGUUGGAUUUGUGGCCACGGUGUACCGGAAGACAUAGUCAGCGACCGCGACACUUGCCUCAUGUCGGCAUUUUGGACUGCUCUCAUGCAGGAGUCCGGCACGAAGAUGAAACCAAGUUCGGCUCGGCAUCCACAGACGGACGGGCAAACGGAGCGGGCACAUCAAACCGCUCAAAUGAUGUUGCGUACGCUCAUCCGUCCGGACCAGAAAGAUUGGGUUGACCACCUCCCCGACAUCGAGUUCGCCUGCAACACUUCGAUGCACCCGGCGAUCAACGUGACUCCAUUCGAGUUGCACCACGGUGGACGGAAAGGCCGUAUCUUUGCCGACCUUCUCCUCCCACGGCCAGCCGACAUUGACGCCGCUUGCUCUCCCGCUUCCGUCCGGAAGUACAGGGAAUUGCUGGCUCAAGCCCGUGCGAACAUGCAAAAGGCUCAAGUCCGCAUGCAGCAGCAAGCCAACAGGCGUCGCGUGCCAUGUCCCAUCCGCGCCGGUGAUCUGGUUUGGGUCUCCGCGGAAGAGUUUGCACUGGAACAGGAUGUUUCACGCAAACUGCUUCCCAAGUGGUUUGGACCAUGGCCCGUAACAUCAGCCGCGGCCGAUGUGCCCAAUGGCCCUUCAUUUGUGAUCAACAUCCCGGCGCAUUUGAUGGUCCAUCCAGUCUUUCACGCCUCGAAGCUGGCAACAUAUACACCAGCUAAGAGCGACGACUUCCCAGGCCGACGAUCGCAGGACCCUCCAUCUAUGGAUGUUCAUCAGGAAGUUGACCCCGUCAUCACGGAUCGCAAGUACGGCAACAAGCCUCGCCAGUACAAAGUUACAUUCAGAGCAUGCGAUCCCGACGACACUCGGUGGAUUUCAGGAACAGAUUUGAAAGCAUCCGCACCGCUGAUCUACGCUCACUACGAGCGACAAAGGUUAGCUCAAGGACCUUCACGACCUGCCCCUCCCACCCGGACUGUGGUCCCUCCCUCAGACAGACAGCUUCGCCCUCGCAGGUAAGCUCGGUUUUCAAGGAGGGGGGGGUGUGGCAUACUGAGUAGCCACAUGGGCCUACAGGGCCCGUCCCGCAUUUCCAGCCUAAAAGC